CCAAUUCCGCCUUACGGAAGCUCAUCAUGACAAAGAGAGCUCUGCUGCUGCAUGUUGGUCAAGUACAAGAAGUCAAUACUAGAAAACACACCAGAAAUCUAUACAGAGCCAUCUUGUUAGAUUCAAGUUUCUCGUCGUGUUGUUCGCUUAUAGCCAUCCAGAGUCUAGGUUUUGGCCAAAACCCGAUCAUAGUCACAUUGAAUAGUUGGCUUCUAUAUUGGUUUAGUUUAUUGUUGGCCGCGUGCAAGGUCGGUUGUGCGAGUUCUUAAUCCACCGCGAAAAAAUUUCAUAUUUGAAUUUUUUAUUUCCUCUAACGUACUUGGCGUAUAUACGAGUUUAUGAGUGAUCCCUGAAUUUGGCUUAAGCAAUGGCUUAGUUAACCAAGGCUUGCAUUUUCUUAUGUUUUGUUUUCCAUUUUUUUUCUGCUUAACGAAGAGAGCUCUUAUCCUUUAUUGUAAUCUUGUGUCUUGUGUGCCCAUCGAGAGUUCUUAAAUAAAUUGUGUACAUAAUCUUGUCUGGUUUAUACCAUUGGUACAUGACACGGACUUUUUUGCUGGGAGCCUUUUUCUUGGUUCGUUUUGCUUGAUUAAUUUAAUAACGUAAGUUGGUCGCAUUGUAAAGAAAUUUUUUUGCAAGUGGUCUCGUUUUUGUUGUGUUUUUUUUGUGAGCAUUGUGAUCUAAUAGGACCAGUUUACAAGCCAGAUAACAAUUCAGUGAUGAAAACGAGGCUGUGCAAUAUGACCUCAGUAGCAGGAAUCCUACUCUUUGUUCUCAUGCAAAAAGCAACUGGCCAAAUCACACAGUCUCAUUCGAUAAAGACAUCUUCAUCCCAGAGCGUGGGUGAUGGAGAGGGUGUAUCAAAAACAAGUUCUAACAUAGCGACGAAUCAGGAAGAAUUUCUAGACGAAUAUAAUCAACCACAUUCGAGAAAAAAACGUCUCGUCUGGAUAACAGACGAUGGACGUUUAGCAUUGCCACCAGGCACAUCGUUAACGUUUACGCCUACAAUAGCUCUGCCGUUGGUGCGACAUCCGCCAGAGGGAUUUUUCUCAAAUUUGACAAUCAGUUUUCCUGUCACAAUUGACUUUGACAAGCUUGGUUUGACAGAUAAUCAGAAUCCACUUGGUGACCUGCCCCCGAUCUUUGCGAGAUCGUUUGGUCAUGAAGCUGGAGAGAUGCUGGGUGGCUACAUGGCUAGGUAUUUGAACUACAAAAAGAAGCGUGAUUUAUCUUCACAAGGAGAUCAAUUUUCAAAUAUCGUACAAGAUGAUGAGGAAGAAGAAGUGCCAAAAAUACCCGAAAGAUUUAAGCAUGUAUUUCAUGGAGGAGAAAGAAUACUGCUUUAUGGAGCUGUUGAAACAUUUUUAUCGACUUUUGGCAUGGAUGGGAAAGCUUGUCUUUUGAGAACAAUUUGUGAGGUUCACUCAAGAAGUUUGGAUCAUUUUGGAGUUUUUGGAGAGAUAACAAAACUAUUUCUGACUGUUAAGAAAUCACCUUUUGCGAAUCUAAUUCCCGAAUAUGUCAGAGCUCAAGAAAUUGGCGAAGGUAAAGAAGUUCCUGGAGAAUGUUUUCCCUAUUAUAAAGAUUGCACAAAGAGCAUUUUCAAGGCUUUGAUAAACAAAAAAUAUAGUGACGAGAAACACAGUGAAUAUCAUGAACAAGAAGUGGAAGAAAUAAAUGAAAUCAAGGAAAAUUCUCCAGUUUUUCGAAAAAAGAACAUUGUUUCCAUGUAAAAUAGAAUUAAUUGGAAACAAAUAUUGUUUAUAAAAUUUAUUUAUUAUAAGUUAUAAUUUAUUUUUGCGGCCAUACAAAAAAACAUUUUGUUUUUCUUUUUUAU